AUGAAGAAACUAGGGCUUGUUUUAGAUGCCGCAGCCGUGGAGAAAACCCAACGAGACCUUCAGUCCUAUCAGAUAAGAAAUAAUAACUCACUUCAGCUGCGAGCAUUUUUGAUAAAUGAGUCUGGUAUGUUCACUAAAGACGGCAGAAAGUUGCCUGGUAGUGUAACAAAGGAGGAUAUUGAUGAUGCCUCCAAGAGGCUCAUUGGUCGAGGGGCAAGUGGGGCUGUUUACUUUGCGAAAAUGAAGGAUGGGAGCCCUGUAGCUCUGAAGCACAUACCUAUUACUUCUAAGCCACAUCGAGAUGAGGUAGAUAGAGAGUUGUCCUUUUUCAGCUCUCAAUCGCACUCGCCUUUUGUCAUGAAAAAUUUGGGGGCCUUUUGGGAUUGCGAGGAAGCUGCUAUAGUUAUACCCAUGGAGUGGAUGGCGUACACUCUAAAGGAUUUGAGUUGCUUUUGGGACGGCAUCGAAGAAACUAUUUUGCGUGAUGUCUUUUUUCAAGUUGUUUCGGGUCUGGUGUAUCUUCACGAUAUAAAGCGCGUGAUACAUAGAGAUUUAAAACCGAGCAACUUGCUUAUUCGUGAUGAUGGAUAUGUCAAAAUUGGAGACUUUGGGGUGUCAAAACUUGUCCAAACUCUUGAUGUUUCUUCAACCUACGUCGGGACAAUGUAUUUCAUGGCCCCAGAACGGCUAGAACAGGGCGCUUACGGAUUUAAUAGCGAUGUGUGGUCCCUUGGGCUAACCGUCUUGUCUACUGUAACCGGAAAGAACCCUUGGGCCCCUCCAGAAGAAAUGAACAUAUUUCAGUUAUUGGGUAGAAUUGCUGGCAAUACAACACCAGAAUUACCAAAGAGACCCGCAUACUCGGCGGAGGCUCGCGACUUUGUGAAGAGAUGUUUGGUUAGAGAUCCGCAGGAGCGACCAUCAAGCGCUGAUCUCUUGAAGCACCCGUUCUUUAAAGAUUGCACGGAGGCAUCUGCUGUCGCUAACGUCAAACAGGGAGUGGAUUACAUGACUCGUCUGAUCAACAAUGACGCAAAAAAAAUAAGUUCCUGA